AUGGCGAAGGCGAGGAGGCGUCGCGUGCCGGCGUUCGGGGAGUGGAACUACAACUACCACCACGACGAGCCGGAGGCGACAGCGGCACUUCCGCCGGCCGCGUGCAACGCCACGCCGGAGCCGGAGGCCUGCAGCGACGUGUGGUUCAGGUACUCGCCGCCCCCGCGCAAACCCACGCCCAAGAAGCAGGCGAGGAGGCGGCCCGAGGGCGACGUGUCCCGGGAGCGUUCCAAGGCGUCCAGGGACGCCGCCGCGGCCAAGAGCGGCGGCUCCAGGCGGGUGGUGCGGCCAGUCAACGGGGACCUGUACCAGGUGCCACCGCCGGAGCUCGCCCCCCACCGGGCGCCGAGGAAGACAGGGAGCCUGUGGAUGGGAUGCCUGGGCCUCAGCUCAUGCGUCCACUGA